AUGCACAGCGGACGCUACAGCGUUCGGAAGACAAAAAUGUUGCAGCCAUCUCCUGCUACUCUUAAAACGAAUCGGGUUCCAAGUGUUGAACUUUUUCCUUUGAAUAUUUCCUUUCCCUUACCAUUUUUGCUACUUUUAGGAGGUCCGUCUUUACGUCCAGAAGAAAUCAUAUCAAAUCAUACCGUCAACUACGGAAUUCUCCCCAUAGAAUGUUACGAGCUCUGCCAAAAGGAACCGAAAUGUGUUGGAUUCAACUACAGAGACAAGAUCAAUGUUGUGAACUGUCAACUGACCAACAUCACUGGAAAGGGAAAUCACGUUGAAACAACGGAAGAAGGGGAAUGGAUACUAAUGAACGAUAAUAAAGCGGAAAGAAACGAGGACGAGAAGAGCAAAAAUGACACUUCAGCUAGAAGCUGCGCCCAUCUGUACGGUUUAGGAGUGAGAAAAGAUGGUGUUUAUACCAUCAAUCCUGACGGCCUGGGACCGUUCCAAGUCAGAUGUAAUAUGAGCAUAGACGGUGGAGGCUGGACCGUGUUUCAAAGAAGACAAGAUGGAAGUCAAGAUUUCUACCUUGGAUGGUCAGACUAUAAAGCAGGCUUUGGUGAUCUUGAUGGCGAGUUCUGGUUGGGCCUUGAUAAAAUACAUCGUUUGUGGAAAUCUGGCCAAAAUGUUUUAAGAGUUGAUUUGAUGGAUUUCAAUGGCGCUGAACGUCACGCUAUAUAUGGAACGUUUAGUGUGGCUGAUGAAUCAGACAAAUACAGAUUGAAUAUUGGCAGUUAUUCAGGUACCACAGGUGAUUCUCUUACUUAUCACAAUCAAAUGCAGUUUACUACCAAGGAUAGUGACAAUGAUGUUGAUAGUAGUAAUUGUGCUACGGCCUGGAAAGGUGCUUGGUGGUACAGGAGCUGUCAUCGUUCUAACCUCAAUGGCCUGUACCUGGGUGCAGGUCAAAAUGAUGCCAGUGGAAUAAGAUGGUACUAUUGGCAUAUUUAUUCAUUGAAAAUGACGGAGAUGAAAAUUCGUCCAAACCAGUUCUAAGAAAAGAACGAGUUUUAGCAGGGAAUAAACAUAUGCCAAGAACAUAUAG